ACAUUCCCAAGUCACAUGCGCGUACCGCUCGUCACUCGUCAGGCAAUCGCACAAACAACCAACCGACACGCACCGACUGAACCGGUAGCCAGCCGUUAGUGGCACGGCGCAGCAGUUGAACACGUGGCCUGAUCCACCCCGUGAGUUUCACGGUGAGCUCAUCGGACGUCUGGUACUCAUCGUCAAGUCUCGCUCGGACCAGUAAAGGCAAAAAAGCCUAGAAGCGCCCAGCGACACAGCCAUUGCUAAAAGGUUGGUUAAGCAAUCAAUUCCACAUAAAGAUGAAUAGAAUAUAUGGAGCUCACAGAGCUCCUUAACGGUUUCAGUGCGGGAAGGUGAGAAGAGGAUAAUAGAGCAGAGCCGCAGAGCGAAAUGUCAGGAUCAAACACGUGGCGGGACGAGCUGACGAGUCUAGUGGAGGACACGGCGAUACGGUACACUGGGGAGCCAAUCGGAGGCUCGACGACAUCGUUUGGGACGAGAAGGUCGGGGUUCGUUAUGGGCGAAGAAUCGGCAGGAUCGGAGAGCCUGAAGGAUCAGGUGAAGGGAUUCGCGAUGGCUUGGGGUGAGAUACUGAUGGAAUUGGGCAGAGGCUGCAGGGACAUUGCGCAGCAGAGCCUUCUGACCGAGGACUCGUAUAUCGUGCGAAAGCUUCGGAAGCCGUACGCUAAGGUCUCCGGCAGAUUGAAGUACUUGAAUGAGUUUUUGCCGGAGGAUCGCGAUCCUGCUCAAGCGUGGUCGGUCAUAUUCUUCGUCUUCAUUCUCGCGCUUGCAGCUUUGAAUGUAAAUAGCACACAUGACAGCUUGAUCCCACCAGUAAAGAAGGUGCGUAUACAUCCUCCCAGCGCUAGCCGCAUACAACUUCCUGAUGGUAGGCACAUGGCUUAUCAUGAGCGAGGUGUUCCAGCCAACAGAGCUAGAUUUUCCCUAAUAGCUCCACAUUCUUUUCUUUCCUCACGACUUGCAGGUAUACCGGGGGUUAAAAUGUCCUUGCUUGAAGAGUUUGGCAUUCGCUUGGUAACGUAUGAUCUUCCUGGUUUUGGGGAGAGCGAUCGUCAUCCCGGAAGGAACCUUAACUCAUCAGCAUUUGAUAUCUUGCACCUUGCUAAUGCAGUUGGUAUUAGUGACAAGUUCUGGCUGCUGGGCUAUUCCAGUGGAGCCACUCAUGCUUGGGCUGCUCUCAGAUACAUACCUAACAGAAUUGCAGGUGCAGCCCUGUUGGCCCCAAUGAUUAAUCCGUAUGAUCCGAGCAUGACUAAAGAAGAGAUGAAAAGCAUGUGGGAAAACUGGGUGCCAAGAAGAAAAUCAUUGUACUUCUUAGCUCGUAGAUUUCCAAAGUUCCUCUCCUAUUUCUAUCGCCGUAGCUUCCUAUCUGGAAAGCAUGAUCGAAUUGAUAACCGGUUAUUUCUAUCACUGGGAAAGAAAGAUGAAAUUCUGAUCGAAGAGCCAUUAUUUGAAGAAUUUUGGCAUAGAGAUGUGGAGGAGUCGAUCCGCCAGGGAAAUACAAAACCAUUUAUAGAGGAAGCUGUGCUACAGGUAUCAGAUUGGGGUUUUAGCCCAGCAGAUCUUCAGGUGCGGAAGAAGUGUCAGAGAGGAGGCAUUCUUUCUUGGCUCAGGUCCUUUUACAGUGAGGCAGAAUGUGAAUUGGUGGGAUUCCUAGGCCCAAUACAUAUAUGGCAGGGCAUGGACGAUCGGGUAGUCCCACCAUCAGUGACUGACUAUGUGGUCCGGGUUCUACCUGGGGCCAUUGUGCAUAAGCUCCCAAAUGAAGGCCAUUUCUCCUAUUUCCUUUUCUGUGAUGAAUGCCAUAGACAGAUAUUUUCCACACUUUGGGGAAUCCCUCAAGGUCCACUUGACAGGAAAGUUGAAAUGGAUCAAACUCCAAUUGAAGGAGAUAUUGAAGUGGUAUCACCUGUUGCUGAUUCUACAACAAAAUGAAGCUAUUACUGAUAUCCCAGUUUCUACAUGAAAUUCUGAUGUAUAUACCACCACAGGUUGCUCCUAUGCUCCGGGAGCAUUAAAGAUGAGAUUUUAACUACCGUCCCGUUUCAUAAUUUUUGACGAUAAUCACUUCAGAUGAGAGAUGGAGAAGAGCAAGGAGGCUGAUUUUUUUUUUUUUUUACUGAAAUCCUAUGAUUUUCUGCUGUAUCAGAAUCAUCAUUUUAAUUAUCGUUAACACUUUCCUCAGUUAUAUUUACCCUCGGACUGAGCAGCAAACGUUCAAUGAAAAAUGGCCCUACAAUCUGAUUA